AUGGUCGAGAAAACGGCCCAGAAUAUCAACGAGAUGGACCCACCCGCACUCAUGGUUCGUAAUCCUGACCCGACGCCACCAGCUACGCCUGCCAUCCGCGAGGACGAGCCGGAGCUGGCAUCGCUCACCCGGCCAACCCCAACCUCAACCUUCCACCCAGCUGCUCACUUUCCCGACGCGGCAACUCCAACCUCGCCGACUGCAACCUUGUCGCACGUCCCGACCCUCCCGCCGCCAACCCACCCCGGUCGCCGCUCGCCGCGUCCGCCCGCAUCGCCGGAACAUCCGCGCCGCCUCCCACCUCCAGUGGACACAUCCAAGCCUGUGCUCGAUGUCUCCUCACCGCACUCGCGCUUCCUCGCUCCGGAGCCUACCAUCCAGCCCGCCUCCUCUCCCCCAACUCUCCCCUCCCCGGCCACCCUCCAACCCCCGGCCGAAGACAGCUACAUCCGUGACCCUCACCGCUUAAUCGCCUACAUCGUCCCCUUCCCCACCCCCGCCGGGCACAACCCACCAACCCGCUUCCUAGUCUACACUCCUCCCCCACCUCCCCUUCUCGCUCCAUCUUCGGAAGGGAAGGAGAGUAAGACGAACAAGGUCCAGCGCAAGUGGCAGGAAGAGGUGCGGGCUGCCCAUGAGAGUAAUCACAAGGUCCUGUCCUGGGGGGGUAUCCGGGCUAAAGUGACUCGAGGGGUUGAUUGGGCUGUGGGGCGGGUUACGACUGCUGAUUUGGACUUUGUGGUGCGUGUGCCUAAGGAUGGGGAGGUACAUCGUGGGGCCACAGGCAAGGCGAGCAAACCUGCCACUUCGGCGGCUGGCGGCAGUAUACCGAUAACUACCAAGCCUACCACUCAGCCUGCCCAGGCUGCCGAGGAGGCCGCUGCUGCCAUCGCCGAUUCCACUUCACUCACGGAGGCCUCGGCAACCGUCGUCGGCUCAAAGGAGGCUGAAGCCACACUUGACAGUGCUGCCCAGCCCGGAUCCGAGCUCCCUGCCUACACUCACAUCGACGAAGGUGUCGCCGAGCCCAGCGCCGUCCACGAUAAGGCCGCUCCACCUGCUCUACCGGCCCGCCACCCGGCCCCCCACCAGAGCACCCUCCCGAUACCCCUCCCGCACGACGAGGACCCCUCCUCCCCAGAAUCCGCAGAACCCACCCAGGCAACCGUCAAGCUAAACGAAAUGGUGCUCAUCUACCCGCCCACCCUCCAGAUGACCGAGGACGAGCUAAAGACCGAAUUCGUCAACUCUCUCCUGCGCACGAAAUCCAAGGCGCAGCGGGAUACGAUCAUUGCGACGGGCCUUCUUCCCGUCACCCUCGCGAUCGACUGGGCCCUAAUCUUCGUAGGCUGGGUCUUUGGUGGCGCACUCGAAGUCGACGCGGUAUGGCUCGCGUCCUCAUUUAGGGGCGCGAAGACUGCGCGGUCGGUCACGAAACGCCUCACGAGCUCGGACGCGGAUCUCAAGUUGACCUUCAAGCCGAGUCACAGGGCGGAUCUGCUACAGGCGUACCUCGCCCAGCGAUGCUCUGAGGCCGACCCGAAUCGCUUUGAAGCUGUGAAGAUGGCCCCGAGCAGCUAUCAGGUCCUGGAUUCUAUUGGGUGGGAGGCGGCGGGCAAGUAUGACGCGCAUAAUUGGGAGGAGGAGCGGUGGGAGAGGCAACAGGUCGAGACGGACCUCAAGACGACUAUGGGUAAGGCAGCGGGCGCGUGGCGUAAGUGGUGUGACCGGUACGAGAAGGACCCGGAGAAGGCUGUGAAGCGUUGA